AAUAAGGUCUCUGUUCUCUGUUUCAGGGACUAUGUGCGCAGUGAACUGGAGUCAGGCUGUGAGGGCCCGCUGUACCUGGAGCCUCUGUCCAUCAACCGCUUCACUACUGCGCUCAUCUGCCAGCUGGUGGUGUGUACCUUGUGCUCCUGUGUGAUGCAGACCAAGCGCAUUUGGCUGUUCUCAGCUCACUUGCUCCCUCUGGUGGCCAGGCUGUGCCUGGUCCCUUUGGAGACCAUCGUUUUCGUCAAUCGCUUUGCCAUGAUUUUCACAGGCCUGGAAGUCAUCUACUUUUUGGCCUCCAACCUGCUGGUGCCAUUUAAUUUGGCCAAGACAGCGUACCGGGAGUUUGCACAGGUGGUGGAGGUUUAUGGGUUGCUGGCUCUCGGUAUGGCUCUGUGGAAUCAGUUGGUUCUGCCCGUGUUGUUCAUGUGUUUCUGGCUGGUUCUGUUUGCUCUACAAAUCUACACAUACUUCAGCACACGGGACCAGCCCACAUCUAGAGAGAGGCUGCUCUUCCUUUUUCUCACCAGUAUUGCAGAGUGCUGUUGUACUCCGUACUCUCUGCUGGGCCUGGUCUUCACCGUUUCAUUCGUUGCUUUGGGAGUGCUCACUCUUUGCAAGUUCUACCUGCAGGGCUAUAGGGCUUUCAUGAAUGACAACACCAUGCACAGGGGAAUGACGGAGGGAAUCACUCUUCUGAUCCUCGCUGUUCAGACUGGACUGAUCGAGCUACAGGUCAUCCACAGAGCCUUCCUCCUCAGCAUCAUCCUCUUCAUUGUGGUGGCCUCCAUCCUGCAGUCUAUGCUGGAGAUAGCUGAUCCCAUAGUGCUGGCACUGGGAGCCUCCAGAGACAAGAGUUUAUGGAAACACUUUCGUGCGGUUAGCCUGUGCUUGUUUCUGCUGGUGUUCCCAGCCUACAUGUCCUACAUGAUAUGUCAGUUCUUCCACAUGGACUUCUGGCUGCUGAUCAUCAUCUCCUCCAGCAUCUUGACCUCAUUACAGGUAGAGAUCCCACACAAACACACACCAGAACUACAGCAUAAGUGA